AUGUCUCGGGCAGGAACCUGGAUGAAGAUGCUCGGCGUCGGCAUCGUCAUCUGUGUCGGCGGUCCGGCUUUCGUCCAAUACAUCCGCCCUACCGAUGAAGAAUUGUUCAAGCGUUAUAACCCGGAUCUUCAGAAGCGGAGUUUGGAGGAAGGUGAUCGCCGGGCUCGGGAAUUCGAUGAAUAUGUUACCCGGUUGAAGCAAUGGUCUAAGUCUGAUAAGUCGAUCUGGUACGCGGCGCAGGAACAACAGGAACAGAAGCGCGUGGAGGCUGAGGUACAACGGAACCAGGCUAGGGAUGAUGCGAAGGUACAACGUGAGGAGAUGAGGAAGGAAUUGCUGGGUGAGAAAUAG